AUGAGUUCAACUGGCGGAGCCUCCACCAAGGGCGGCAGAGGGAAGCCAAAGGCCUCGAAAUCCGUAUCCCGAUCUAGUAAAGCUGGCCUUCAAUUCCCUGUUGGUAGAAUCGCUCGAUUCCUCAAGGCCGGAAAGUACGCCGAGCGUGUCGGCGCUGGUGCCCCCGUCUACCUCUCCGCUGUUCUCGAAUACCUUGCUGCUGAGGUUUUGGAGCUUGCGGGAAAUGCUGCCAGGGACAACAAGAAGAACAGGAUUGUGCCUAGGCAUAUACAACUGGCUGUAAGGAACGAUGAAGAAUUGAGCAAGCUUCUGGGAAGUGUUACAAUUGCAAAUGGUGGGGUUUUGCCUAACAUACAUCAGAAUUUGUUGCCAAAGAAAGCUGGAGGAAAAGACAAAGAGAUUGGGUCUGCUUCUCAAGAGUUCUAG